GGAGGCGGGGCCGGGCGGCUCCUCCUCGUCGGGAACUCGGGAUGACCUUGGCCAAGUCGCCGUGGCCCCCCGAGCCGCCGCCGUGGCCGCCCGGUGGGCCGUUUGGAGGUUUUGUGGUUCGGUGGCGGGAACCCCUGGAAGGAGCGGUGACUAGCAUGCAGAUGUUUGCACCCUGACUUGGCUGCCGGCUACUGACAUGGCCCACCGGGGUGGGGAGAGGGACUUCCAGACUUCAGCCCGCCGGAUGGGGACCUCCCUGCUCUUCCAGCUUUCAGUGCAUGAGCGGGAACUGGACCUCGUUUUCCUGGAUCAUAGCUAUGCAAAGCCAUGGAGUGCCCACCCGGAUGCCAGUAGUGCCCGCCCCACCCGCAUGCUCUUUGUAACGCCCCGUCGGCAGCAGGAGAAUACUAUUGAAUCAGACGUUCCAAUAGAUGUGGAGACGGUCACGUCAACUCCUGUUCCACUCUAUGACAAUCAGAAGGCACGAAGCGUGAUGAAUGAGUGUGAGCGGCAUGUUAUCUUCGCCAGGACAGAUGCAGAUGCCCCUCCCCCACCAGAAGACUGGGAAGAACAUGUCAACAGGACUGGCUGGACAAUGGCUCAGAACAAGCUGUUUAACAAGAUCCUCAAGGCCCUGCAAUCUGACCGGCUUGCACGCUUGGCCAAUGAAGGGGCUUGCAAUGAGCCUGUGCUACGUCGUGUUGCUGUGGACAAGUGUGCAAGGAGGGUGCGGCAGGCUCUGGCAAGCGUAAGUUGGGACACCAAGCUGACCCAGUGGCUGCACACCACCCUGGUGGAGACCCUGAGCCUGCCCAUGCUGGCGGCGUACUUGGAUGCGCUGCAGACACUGAAAGGGAAGAUCCCAACUUUGAUCGACCGGAUGCUUGUGUCAUCCAACACAAAGACUGGGGCUGCAGGAGCGGAGGCCUUGUCACUCCUCCUCAAGAGACCCUGGGAUCCUGCUGUUGGUGUGCUUUCUCAUAACAAACCAAGUAAACUGCCUGGUUCUCCUUUGAUUCUCAUCGCCUCCUCUGGUCCCUCCAGCUCCGUGCUCCCCGCCUCACGCCGCCAGCGCUUCUGGCAGUCGCAGCUUUCCUGCUUAGGCAAGGUCAUCCCUGUAUCCACCCAUCUGCUGAACAGUGGUGGUGAGGUAGGAGUUCUGCAGUGCCUUGAGCACAUGAUUGGGACAGUGAGAAGCAAAGUGCUGGAGAUUCACAGCCAUUUCCCACACAAACCCAUCAUCUUGAUUGGAUGGAAUACUGGAGCAUUGGUGGCUUGUCAUGUGUCUGUGAUGGAGCACGUCGCUGCAGUUGUCUGUCUUGGGUUUCCUCUGCUUACUGUGGAUGGCCCCCGGGGGGAUGUGGAUGACCCACUCUUGGAUAUGAAGACUCCAGUCCUCUUUGUCAUUGGUCAGAAUUCUCUACAGUGUCACCCUGAAGCCAUGGAGGACUUCCGGGAAAAGAUUAGAGCAGAAAAUAGCUUGGUGGUGGUUGGGGGAGCUGAUGAUAAUCUCAGAAUAAGCAAAGCAAAGAAGAAGUCAGAAGGGUUAACGCAAAGCAUGGUGGACAGAUGUAUUCAGGAUGAGAUUGUGGACUUCCUGACUGGGGUGCUCACCCGUGCUGAGGGUCAUGUGGGUUCUGAGCCCCGGGAUCAGGAUGCUGAGAAGAAGAAGAAGCCCCGGGACUUGGCCCGAAGAGACUUGGCUUUCGAAAUUCCUGAGCGAGGCAGUCGACCUGCUUCCCCAGCUGCCAGGCUCCCCACAUCCCCCUCAGGCUCAGAGGAUCUUUCCAGUGUGUCCAGCAGCCCCACCUCUAGCCCUAAGACCAAAGUGACCACAGUCGCCUCUGUCCAGAAGUCCAGUCAGAUUGGAACUCCCCAGCUGCUGAAAAGACAUGUGCAGAGAACGGAAGCUGUGCUGACCCACAAACAAGCCCAAGCACAGUUUGCUGCUUUUCUGAAACAAAACAUGCUGGUGAGGAAAGCUUUUCCUCCCGGCGCCUCCUCCUGUCUCUUUGUUCCCAUUUCAUCAGAACCAGUGGAGGAAGCUGAUAAAGAGGAGCUUAGGGUCCAGCUGAAGCGGCACCAUCCUUCCAGUCCUCUUCCUGGCGCAAAGCCCUCCAAGCGACCGAAGAUCAAAGUGUCCCUGAUCUCCCAAGGGGACACAGCUGGAGGGCCAUGUGGAACGCCUGAAGCUACUGGAGGGAAGCCCAUCACCAUGACACUGGGGUCUUCAGGAGCCAAGGAACUCACGGGACUUCUCACCACUGCCAAGUCAGGUUCUUCUGAAAGUGGAGUUACAGCCAGUGCAGCCCCGUCUGUGGCUUCCAGCAAUGCCACACCUAAUGCCAUCCAUACACUGCAGAGCCGCUUGGUGGCCACUUCUCCAGGCAGCUCCCUUCCAGGGGCCGCUUCAGCCAGCAGCCUCCUCCAAGGCCUCAGCUUCAGCUUGCAGGAUAUUAGCAGCAAGACCGCUGGCGUCCCAGGAAGUCCCUCCCCAGGGCCAGCCCCACAGGCCACUGGCGUGAAAUUGUCAGCCCCCAUGCAGAGUCUGGGUGCCAUCACGACAGGCACAAGCACCAUUGUCCGUACCAUUCCUGUGGCCACCACUCUCUCCUCCUUGGGUGCCACUCCUGGUGGGAAGCCCACUGCCAUCCACCAGCUGCUGACCAAUGGGGGCCUCGCUAAGUUGGCAAGCAGCCUACCUGGCUUGGCUCAGAUUUCUAACCAAGCAUCAGGCUUAAAGGUCCCCACCACCAUCACCCUGACGCUCCGUGGCCAGCCAAGCAGAAUCAGCACAUUAAGCCCUAUGGGCUCAGGAGCAGCACCAUCCGAGGAGCCCAGCUCCCAGAUGCUGCCGUCUAGCUCACAGCGCCUGCCUCCAGCACCCUGAAUAUGCCAGCAAUAUGUCCUCCUUACCAGGUUGGUGACAGCUGCCUCAAGGUGAACCGUGUGGUCCUGCUGAGCCGUCUGGAGUGUCUGAAGAUGUCCUUAAGACAGUCAUUGUCACCUUUCUACCAGCUGUCUUUGGGGUUGGGCCUCUGGGUCUUGAGAAAGUGUUAGACCGGAUGAUACAGUACAGCAAGGGGAGUACUAUCCAGGGCCUGCUAGUUGGUUCCUCAGAUCCCCAGCAGGACUGGCCACCUGUGGGCUGUUGGAUUUUCUAGCCCAACACUGAUGGAAUUUGACCCCAGUGUCAGUAUAGAACUGCUGGCUGCAGUGUCAUAAUGAAGGCAGGGAGAGCUGGGCUGUCGGCCUUCAGCCCUUAGCUGCUCCAAGAUGUGGGGAGCGGUGGUUACCAGGAGAAAGCUAGCCCCUUCCUCUUCCUCACUGUGUUUGUACACUUCCUUGUACCAGAGAGCCUGUGGGUUCAAAAAGACUGAAGAGGAGGGAUGAACAGCAGAGGAAAUGAUUGGCAAGACGUGCCCACAGACCCUGUGCUGCUGACAGUUUGGGCUUGGAGCUUUGCAUGAUAUGAGGAUGUAAGAGUAGCUAGAGAAAUGGGAUUUACCUUGUCCAAGGGAGACCCUGAAUCCCUGAGAGCCCUGUCUGGGGGCGGCGAUGCGGCAGGUUGACCAGCUACCAUGCUAUAUCUGCUUUAGGAAGCUUGGGGCAGUAGGACAGUGAAGACUGUGCAUUGGAAUUCGUUUCCUUUCCUUAGAACCUUGUCUUUCUGCUUAGAAGUAGGAAGGUUGUUGCAGUGACUACUGUGUGCGGCUCUGGUGCCGGCCUGAGCCUUACAGAUCAUGGAUUCUGGUGAUGUGGGCCCUGGAGGUGGAGCUGAGCCUCUUGUUUCCUGUUACGCUGUGCAGGUGUAGCGUGGGGUUUGGCUUUGUGUUUGGUUCCACAGCAGGCUCCUUUCCUUUUCAUACUUAGAAAGUGUCUGCCAAGAAAAGAAAGGAACUCAAGUGUGAUUUUGUUCACAGGCCACAUGCAACUACAUCAAAGCCCUCUCACCUGUAAUUUGAGUGGACACAUGGUGUUGAAGAGCCUCAGGUCAGAGAUGUGUGAUAGGAGUAAGGAGGUCUCCAAGCUCCACACCACACCUUGGCUGUGGAGCAGCAGUGGUUCACAGUGGGGCUGUAUUCUGAAAUUCAGAAGGUGCUCAAUGAAUUUGAGAAGCUAUGGAAUCUAGCAGAGGCCUCCAGUACUGGGGCCUUGAUAAUGUCAUAGGUCAGAGCAUAUAACCACCAAAAGAGAGGAUGAGACUGGGGCUUUGGGAAAGUUUUAGGAAUCAUUAAGGUUGGCAGAGGGGCCUGAAUAACCCUUUGUGACUUAGAAGAAUAGCUUGAACAACCCUGGAGGGGCUGCUACUGAAAGAUGCUGCCCCCGAGUUCUGGAACCAAAGAAAACACAUAUCCUGCUUUGGUGGUGAAUGUGUGCAUCCCAUGGGUGACUUCUGAGGCCUGGCCUACAUACCCUGAAGAACUGCAGAACUGAGGAAGGGGAGCUACAGUACACUGACCUUCACCUUGGAGGGAACUCACCAACAAGGAAGUGGCUGGAGGCUGUAGAUCACAUCCUCAGGUCCCAUCUCAAACUGCACUGCUUGGAAUGUGGAGAGAUGCUUCACCUUACCCACCUCGUGGCAGACUUGAGGGCGUAGCCUCAGAAGGUAGUACUCUUGUGAGUAUGUGGAAGGAUCAGGAAGGCUUUACUCUCGGACAGCAGAGGGGUUGUAUAUGCCCCGUGGAAGGCGUCACUGAGGGCAAAGACUUGUCUUCCUUUGGUUGUAUCGCUGUAAAAAUUUGGGGUGGAUGAAUUCAUAGAAGUGAGCCAGAGUUAUGGUUCUGAUCUUACGUUAGCAAAAAGAAUAAAAAAACAAACAAAGCAUUCAA